AUGCGCGCCAACGACCCCUCCAACAAAAUCUUCUACAAGGGCCGCUCCGACGACUUCAUCGUCUUCGUUGAGGAUGCCGCCACGUUGAAGAAAUGGAAGAACGACCCGUCGAUCCCUCUGUCGGAUGUCGUAAACGGGUGGAAGAUUUUCGUUACUCACAAGCAUGGCUCCCAAGGCGUCCUCGAUGGCGCAAGCAAGGCCAGUCUCGAGAACGAAUUCGGCACUGCCAAUGUUGAGGAGUGCGUGAGAAAGAUUCUAGAGGGUGGAGAGUUGCAGGGAUACACUCAACGGGAACGCGGCGGCGACACCAACAUCCGGAACGGUCCUCAGGUUAUGCUCCCUUAA